AUGCCUCCCCCGAAUACCCCCGCAUCCGACCCCCCUCCGGGCUCAGUCAACAUCAACUCCCUCUCCGUCCCUCAACUCCGCGCUCUCCAAACCCGCCUCUCCUCCGAACUCGAACACUUGACCACCUCGCACGCCAAACUGCGCGCCGCCCAGCUGAAAUUCAAAGACUGCGUGCGGUCCAUCAACGAGGGUGUCAUCGGGUCCGCGCAAAAGGGCACCGAUGGGAAGGAGGAUAUUCUGGUGCCGUUGACCAGCUCCCUAUAUGUUCGUGGAAAGCUAGCGGAUCGGGAGAAGGUGCUUGUUGAUGUGGGAACGGGAUUCUAUGUGGAGAAGACUGCGCCCAAGGCUAUCGAGUUCUACGAGGAUAAGGUCAAGAGUCUGGAGACCAAUCUCACCGAACUGGAGAAGAUCGUCCAGGCUAAGAGUGGCCAACAGAGGCUCUUUGAAGAUGCUCUGAGACAGAAGUUGUUGGCGGAAGGCGCGUCUUCUGCUACCGCUUCCGCAGGUGCUGGUUGA